ACGAAUAUGCGGCACUGAUAGGCAGCACUAAUGAGGUGUCAGGGAUAGGCGGCACUGAUGAUGGGUACUGAUGGACAGCACUGAUAGGUGGCACUGACUGGCGGCACUGCUAGGCAUUGACUGGCGCAACUGCUGGGCACUGACUGGCACAACCGCUGGGCACUGACUGGUGGCAGCACUGCUCGGCUGCAUUGAUGGGCACAGGUGGGUGGCACUGGUGGGCACAGGUAGGUGGCACUGCUGGGUGGCACUGGUGGGCACUGCUGGGCACAGGUGGGUGCACUGCUGGGCACAGGUGGGCGGAGCUAGUGGGCGGCACUGCUGGUCACAGGUGGGAGGAACUGGUGGGUGGCACUGCUGGGCACCGAUCAAGGCACUAAUCAUCA